AUGCCAAAUACUUCGCCUGCCGUUUACGCCGAGGCGUGGAAUAAACCUCAACCACGACAGGGCCCCUCCAUCCCGUAUAAGAACGAUGCUGGGUCCAAUCCCGUCCUGCGUGGCUUCACCCUCGCAGUCAUUUCCUCAAUCAUCGCCUCCUCCACACGCAUUCAACGCAUCUUCUGGACCUUGAACAAGUUUGACAAGAUCAAAGAUAUCUCAGAACUCGAACAUUAUGAUGUCCUCCAUGAUCCCACCGUCAUCCCAAUCGCCCCCUCGGGGGACAAUGCCCUAUCCAUAGCGGACCUACCUGUUCCUCUUGCUCGAGCGUCGCCCAGUGAUUACUACACAUCUUCUGAUUUCCAUGCAUUGUACAAAUCAGGGAAAAUAACUCCCACAGAAGUGGUGGAAUGUUUACUACCUUUGAUCCAACGUGACCAGAAACCUCCGGGACAAUUCUCCGUAGGGUUCAUCUCUUCCAAAGCCGACCCUGUCCGCGCAGCUGCCAAAGCGUCAACUGAACGAUACAGGGAGGGCAAGCCGUUAAGUGUUCUCGAUGGGGUUCCUCUGGCGGUCAAGGAUGAGGUACAUCUAACUGGAUACAAAAGAACCCUCGGUAGCAGGCUGGAUCGAUCAGACAAAGGUGACCGCACAGCAUGGUGCGUACAGAAAUGGCAGGAAGCUGGAGCUAUCAUCAUUGGGAAGACCAACAUGCAUGAGGUAGGUCUAGACACGACAAACAAUAAUCCCACCUAUGGGACCCCGCUCAACCCGCACAAUACUGGCUACUAUACCGGUGGUAGCUCUGGGGGUUCUGCUUAUGCCAUUGCAUCCGGCCUGGUUCCAAUCGCUCUGGGAGUGGAUGGAGGUGGUUCGAUCCGACUACCCGCCUCAUUCUGUGGUAUCUACGGUCUCAAGCCAACCCACUCUCGAGUCUCAGCCAGAGCUGGCACAGAAAAGACGGAUAGCGUUGCAGUCAAUGGCCCUAUGGCCAGUAGUAUCGAUGAUCUAGCAGUAGCUUACCGCAUCAUGGCUCAACCGGACUCGCUUUCAAAGGCCAGCAGCCUCUUCCCCAACUCCCUGGCUCUAGACACCAUCUUCAGUGGUCGAAAACAAGGUAAAAAAUAUUUGGGAUUAGUCAAAGACUGGAUCGAUCGAUCCGACCCAGUGGUCCUAAACAUGUUCCACGCAGCAGUCGACCAUUUCGUAAAGGCACACAACUACGAAGUCGUCGAUAUCGACAUUCCACUGCUCCCAGAAGGCCAGAAGGCCCACGCCCUGACCAUCCUCUCCGAAGCGCGUUCAGGACUCACCGCAUCCGACAUCAAGCAACUCACUUGGCACAACCAACUCCUCCUCAACGUUGCCGGCAGCCACGCCUCUGCCCAAGACUUCCUCGGUGCGCAGAAGUUGAGAAAUCUCCAGAUGUCCCACCUGGCAUACCUCUGGGAGCAGUACCCAGGCAUGCUCAUCCUCACCCCGACCACGCCCUCGGCGGGUUGGAAAAUCGCAAAACCAAGCGACAUAACCAGUGGCUACGGCGUCAGCGACGGGGAUAUGAGUUUGAAAUCAAUGGAAUACGUUUACUUUGCAAAUUGGACGGGCGCUCCCGCCAUCAGCAUUCCCAUGGGCUGGACUGUCGAUGAGAACGUCCCAGUCGGGCUCAUGGCAAUGGGAGAAUGGGGUGCCGAAGAACAAUUACUUGCAUUUGGGAAGGAAGGAGAAUCAUUGCUGAAAGACAGUGGUGGGGUUCGGCGGCCGAAAAGGGAAGGGCUCUGGUUCGAUUUACUCGCCGAUGGGUUACAUAGUAAGAAGUAA